AUGUGGUUACGUGUAGACGCCGCCGCACACGGAAUGCCGCCGGGAUUCGUUCCGAGCCUAACUGACUUCACUUCUUUGAACAACCCAAUCCUCCCGACCAUGGCCAUUAUUCAUUGUUCUUCCUAUGACCUCCUCCCAGCAGUGUCCGAUGCGCUGGCUCAAGCGCCACAUGUCUCGGCAGUGCGAAGCCUACGUAAGGCGCCUCAGAGGGCCCUCGACUCGACGACUCCCUCGCACCGGCUCUCCUCACUCUCUGCCUGCAGGCGGCAGGCCAUCGAUCUCCGUAGCGCGCCUGCCGGGCCUGAGCCGAACUCUCCAGCACUUGGAAGAGCCUCACGAGAUUUGCGCGUCUUGCAUGCAUGCAUUCGUGAUGAAGCAGAUCAUGCACGAGGUGCUGCCAAGGGAUGCAUCGGUGACGGUGUCAUGCUAUUCUGGCAGCAGCACAUCAUUGAUACCGUCACCGGUCUUUCGCAGCAGAAGAUACCGGUAGCAGACCGUGGCAGGGCCUGGGAAACGAAUAUCAGUCAAUGCUUGAUGCGAGCUUGCCAUUUCUCGCCGGCCGUGCUCACCAUCUGCAGCUUUGGCAGUGCUGCUGUGCCUCAGGCGUUCAGAGCUGCGAGAGAGAUGACUGGAACUCAUUCCUAUGACAUGAUGAGCAUGCGCAUGCUACUUGCUAAUCGCAGCUUGACCACUCUGCCCCGCUGA